AUGUCGCCCCCGGAGAUCUUUGAGAACAACUUGCCCGGAACUAUCAGUUCGGAGGCCCCGAAACAAAUUCAAGAUCCCACCAUGGCAGGAAGCAAGACAGUCACUUCUCAGGCGGAGUACGUGGAAGCCAGCAUUGCUAUGUUGCCAGCGGGGUGUGGGAAAGCACUCCAUGCAGGUGCACCUGAGCAGCAGAAGACGAUGUUUGCGCUUUUUUGGAAGGAUGGUAGCCCGCAGCCCAUUCUGCCGCCGGGAGUUGACACCCAUUGGCAGAAGGUUUGCAUUCGCAACGCUCGCAGUCUUCAGCCUCAGCCUUCAUUGGCAAAGGAUGGAUUUCAGCUAGUGAAGAUUCAGUCUGGAGUCAAGGAUUGGUCACAUUCCGCAGCGGAUGAGCUCUGGUGUGAUGAAGUCAUCAAGUUGGCCAAGCAAGAAACCGGAGCUCAGGAAGUGUUCGUGCUGGGUGGCGGCCCUCUCCAUCGCAACGGAACAAGCACAUCCAUAGGGUAUUGCACCAGUGCCCACAUCGACCACUCCCAGUAUUGCGAGGAAUUUCUGCCAGCAAGCGUAAGGGCCGCAUGUGCUGGAAAGCACUUUGCAGUGUACAAUCUUUGGAGGUCGACGGACAUGCAGUCGCCAGUGACUGGCUUCGCCUUGGCAUUCUUACACCCUGCCUCGUUGUGCCCAGAUGACCUGGUCUACUGCGAGCAGUACAGCGAGAAGCUUUACAAGAAAGUGGUUGAGGCUUCGAGCUCAAUGUCAUCCGGCCAAGAUGCCAGAUGCGUGGAUGGAAUUCCGUACUCAACCUAUCGUGCAGCUGCUGCUCACCAAAAUUUGGAGCCUGACCGACACAGCGAGGAAGCAAAGGCUGACCUCAACAUUGUCUGGAGGCCCAUGCACUCCGAGCAACAUCAGUGGUUGUACUUUCCAAAGAUGACAGCCGACGAGGUGCUGAUCUUCAGGCAGUACGAUACACGUGAAGAUCAAGUGGAGAAGUCAGAGUUGUUUGCACUUUUGGCCCACGUUCAGAUGAAGCUGUCUCAUCCUGAUGUUCCGGCUUCAAGACUCUUCUCUUUGAGGACUGUAAGCAGAUUAGACUAUGGCCAGUUAGAAGACGAGUCAGGGUCGGAUACCGACGACCUCAAAGCCAGUUCCAUUGAUUCAGAGACACAGCCAGAUGCAUGCAGUUGCCUUCGGGCGACAGUUCCGACAAAGACGAGAUUCCCGAAAGCAUUCCUCAGUCAGGCAACCUAUCUUCAGGCAUUUGCCCUCAGCGCUGCAUUUUGCGUCGUACUUAUGAGCAUGGACCUAUUGUUCGCUGUUGAUGUGUUGGGAAUCGUGCGCGAAUGCCGAGCUGUCUUCUUGUACUCGAUUCUUUGCGUGGCACUUGUCCUUGCAGGCGGAAUGGCCAGCCCCUUGAUCGUUGGUGAGCAAUCGUUGAAGGACGCUUGGUGGAACAGCGUUCUGAAGGCGGAGACUCUAUACCUCUUUCUUAAUCCGAUCGUGCUCUUCUAUGCUGACCUGAUCAGUGAUAUCUUCAUGGUACUGAGGUUUCGGAGAAGCGGUCAUAUUGACUUAGUUUGUCUAAACUGCCUUGCAAUUCUCGCGGGUUCGGUCUCCUCUGUGGUGACCGGCACUUCUUGCGGAAGCAGGCAAACGGGAUCCAAUGCAGGAGGCGCAAAACCUGUUUACCGGUUUAGCAAUGACAUGUAUGCCGUGCUUACCUUUCUUCAGAUAACACCUUUGACGCUCGUGCUCCGACCGGUGUGGUUGUUCUUCUCCUCGGUAGAUGGUACUGGGGUUGACUUGAAACACAGGCAAUACCAGCUAAUGUUGAGUCGGGAGGGCUAUUUCAUGGAUCUGGCGCGUGCAACCAAAGGAGAGGCGUUCACAGAGGCGCUUCUCAGCGUUUCAGUGCAAACUUAUGCGCUUGUGCAUGGGUCCAUCGCCUGGGACACACUCGCGGCUGUGUCGGUCAUGACUAGCAUUUGUGCAAUUGCCAAGGCAUUUGCAAGUGUAGACAAGAAAGGAUUUGUCUCUCGUGAGAUCAACGGCCAAGAAGUUCUGUCGGGCUUGGCAGAUCAAGCUUCAGUGCAACACUUUCUGGUGCUGUUGUACCGAUUGGCCGAAGUGGGCAGCCGUAUCGUUUUCUUUCCGUUGCUUCAGCUCAUCUUCUAUGACUUCAAGAUCUUCGGCUAUCGAUACACUGGCGUCUUAUUCUGGACAUUAGACUGUCUUCUCCAAUGUUUUUUCAUAUAUCAGGCCACGGGAAAUCCGGAGAAGCUUGCGUGGUCUGUUCCAAAUACCAUUGGUGCCUUUGAGCCCCUUUUACUGGCUGGGGCUUUCUCAACGGCUUUACUUUCAAUGCCGCCAAUGCACAAUGUGCUGACGCAUUUUCUGGAGCUCGUCGUGGCAACGAUUUUGUCAUCGGCGCUCAGGCUGGAACGCAUUCAAUUGCUUUGGGAAGAUCGAGCUCGCCUGCUUUGUCUCUUUAUUGCGAGCACUGUGACGAGGUAUGUCCUCUUCUGGGUUGUUCGAAAAUUUUGUGCUUGCAAUGUUAAGACAGAGCAUCAGUCCAGUGGGCCAAAGCUCGAGGAUGUCCUGACAUGCAAACUGGACAGGGCUGACAAAAAUGUGCCGCUAAAUAUAGUCUGCUUGAGGGAGUGGGCUAAACCUCUGAGCCAGGAGGACGAUCUCAUCAACCGUAGGCAGCUCUUCAAGUGGGUGCAGGAACAGAGGCAGCACAUCAACAUCGAGCUCAGUGUGUGCCAGCUGAUCGGCAGACUUGCUGCAGCCGAGCAUAUGAAGAUGGUACUCCUGGACGAGGGUGCUGUUGAUGCGCUGAGGGCUGCCAUGGAAAGGUCUUUCGUUGUCAUGGAUGGGAUGGCAGGGUGCUGUGCUUUGCGCACCAACACUGUUACAAUACUUUGGUCUGCAUGUAUGGGUAUUAACAACUUGGUGACUGACAAUGCCCAGCUUCAGAAGGAAUUGGCUGCCAAAGAGAUUCCAGUCUGCUUGGUGAAGGUUCUGAAAUCGUUGAGUCCCCAGAAGGAUGGUGUCGAAGCUGUUCAAGGUAUGCAGCUGGCAUAUGCUGCACUUCAGAAGUUUGCGUCAGAGCAUACGGUUCAUAUUGAUGGCAUGUCGGCGCUUGUACUCGCAAGCCUGAAAUUAAAUCGUGAUGAUGUGGACCACAUGCUUGUGGCAUUUUCGUUGGUUUGCACGGCCGUCGGUGCGAAGAUGCCCAAAAGCACGGGAUGGCAGGAAGAAGCACUAGCCCAAGUUCUCAUCAACAUGCGCAAGCACCUCGCCGACGUAGACGUUCAACGCUUGGCUUGCAUCGCAGUUCGCACUUUGGUGAAUGACUCAGACAUCACAGACCCCAAACAGAAGAGACUCAUGGCUGUUCGUGCCCGCGACGACGUCUUCAAGUCGAUGGACAAACAUCCCAACAAUCCUUCUCUUCAAUACGAGGCCAAGAAAAUUCUCGAUGGAUGUGAGCCUUAA